GUGAAGAAUCUAUUAGUUCCAUGGAAACGCAGGGUAACAGUUCGUAACAACCGUUCCAUGGAAUUCGUUUAAACAAAAACAAACCGCGUUAUUCUUCGGUGAUAUCAAAGAAAUAUAUUUUAUUGCCACUGCCAUUAACGAUCAGUAAACCUAACCUCUUUGUCGCUCCAAUUCUACCAAGAUUUGGACAUGGAGUACUUCAUCGCGGAAUUGUGUAUUCGCGCAUGAUCAGAUGUAAUAUAAAUCUUUCGGUGUCAGAAAAAUUCCUUCUCUGUGUGUAUGCCUUAAACGAUUCUGUUAUCUGUGAAAGCGUCGUGAACGUAAACAAUACUAUUUCACACAUUAUUUUUAACGUUCCGUGUUAUUUUCGUUUCGCCUAUCGUCGAGCUCAUUACAGUUAGCAAUGACUGCCGUCGAGGUUUGUUUUCGUGCGACCAGACGGUCUUCUGUGUUCCCAAUAAUACGUUGUCGUCUGUAUGGCUCUAUUUACUUAACGUGUCUGAAUGCUCGUCUCUCGUAAACCUGUCUCAUAGAUUUUGUUAAUACAGAAAUGCGAGGUACAAAUGAUACAUAUCGUGCCGCGAUUAACUUUUAUUUACAUGCAGACUAAGUUGACGAGCAUAAACAUGGCCGUCGCGCUUUGUGAUGAUUACUUGUGCCAGUUUGAAUUCAAGGAAGUCCCUCGAGAAUGGAAAUAAUGGAUGGAACGCAUGCACCCGAGAUAUCCAGCCUCGAUAAUUUCGUCGGAAAUGGAUGAAAAAUGUAUCGAGCAUUGAGCGUAUCCAUUUAAAAGGCGCUUCCGAAUUCAAUGCAGUGUACUUUCUAGGCUGUUGUCUGGGUGAGCAAUGAAUGUAUUCCGAAUUUUGACACCGUGUGUAUUGCAACGUAGACGACCAAAGGAGGUUGAUAAUUCCGAUAAAAGGGAUUGCUGGUUCGUGAAAAGACGGCGUGGAGAUGCUUCCUACAUGAUACAUAGAAUGGGUGCUUCUGCAUCGUCAAGCAUUACCAGUGUAGGUGGAGAUUCGGUCCAAGCAGCUAGACUUUCAUCCUCUGGUAAUCCACCUGAUCAACAUGGCAUUGCUAUCAGGGAAAAGAAGAAGAAAAUGACGGGGUUCGCGACUUUACGGAAGAAGUUCAUUCGAAGACGUCGGUCUUCAAAGGCCUGCGACCAUGGUAGGAUAAUCCGAGAUUUAGUCUCAACAUGGAGCCAUUUAGAGGCAACGGCGCUUUUGGAGGAGUACGAGGCGUUGGCUGCAUUAAAGGAUCUCCAUGUUCAAGCCGAAUUAGCUAGACCACCGGCUGCCACAUACAAACAGGAUUUGUCGAUGUUGUACGACUAUAAACAUUGUUCUGAUGUGGAUCUCGUCUACCGAGGAGCAUGCUUCCCUGUUCACAGAGCCCUGUUGUCAGCCCGUUGUCCCUACUUUAGGGAUUUGCUGGCUGGAUGCCCGGGAUACGGUGCUAGAAUAUGUUUGGAGCUGAGAACACCGAAUCUCGAAGUACAAAUGUUUUCAGCAUUAUUGCGAUAUCUCUACACUGGUGAUAUUUGUCCACACGAUGCAGCUCUGGAGGCGAAUCUCUUGCGACGACUGAGCGAAGAAUUCGGCACACCGAAUCCGCUGGAACACGAUCUCAGAUACCUGUUGGACACCGGUGAUUACGCGGACGCUGCGUUAGUGUUCACAUCGGACAGUGAUUACCAGAGACCAGAUAGUGGAAGUUCAGAAUAUGGAUUCCGGCCAAAGUUAGAACUGCCAUGUCAUAAAGCGAUACUUUCUGCGAGAUCCCCGUUCUUCAGAAACUUAAUACAAAGACGGACUAGAUCUGGGGAAGAUCACACAGAAAGAGCGCUUCAUAUACCCACUAGAAUAGUUUUGGAUGAGAGUGUAAUACCCAAACGAUACGCCAGAGUAUUGUUACAUGCAGUGUAUUUAGAUACAGUUGAUUUAUCGUUAAUUAUGAGAGGUAAUGGUUGCGGGAACAGCGCUGGUAGUCUUGGAGAGGUUCAGGCUCUUACUCAUACUGGACGUGUUCGACCAAGUCCCUUAGAAGAAGCGAUGGAAUUGUACCAAAUCGGCAGAUUUUUGGAACUAGAUAUAUUGUCACAGGGUUGUGAAGAUCUUAUUUUAGAAUACCUUACAUUGGAAUCGCUCCCAACUGUUUUGAAGUGGGGUAGUCAACCUCACGGAUCGGCAUGGGUACAUAGACAAGCCUUGCAUUAUUUAAGAGAGGAAUUCCAGCCAGUCGCUUCUUCUUCUAUUCUCCAUCAAUUAGACCACGUACAUUUGGCGAACGUUUUGCAAAGUCAUUUCUUGCAAGCGAGCGAACUUGAAAUACUGCAGGCGGUACUCAAGUGGGGGGAACAAGAAUUGGUGCGUCGUAUGGAAGAUCGGGAACCAAAUUUGCUCAGUCAUACGGUGCACUCUGUGACAAGAAAGGGGUUGAAGAAAAGGGAUUUAAGCGAUAUAGAGUUGCGAGAGAUACUUAGCGAGCUUCUACCACUUGUCAGAAUGGAUCAUAUAUUACCCCCAAAUAGUGAAGCGCUGGCUCAAGCUAUUAGAAGAGGAUUAGUUUCAACUCCACCGAGUCAUAUGAUAGGAGAUGAGAGGGAGAAUUUACGAAUGAAUGCAUGGAUAAGGGGAGGGAAGAAAAAUGGAUUUUUUGUAAGGCCACGCCUGUUCAUGCCUUAUUACGAGGAAAUAAAGUCUUUAGUUGAGGAACAAAUGGUCCAAGAAGCAGAUUUAGUGAGAUUGCGAAGGCCACGGUAUGUGGCCGAUAUUCCCGAUGCCUUGUACAUGGUUGAUGAGAAACCAAGACCAAUGGGUACAGCCGGAGUGGAUGUUCUCGCCGCGGCGUUUCCAGUUCCAGAUUCCGCGACCUUGGCAGCUAUGCUGAAGCGAGAGCAGAAAUUGAGGCAGUCUCCCAGUUGUCAGAGGGCUAUCAGUUUGCCGCUCUCAUCGCGACACGAAAUUAAUAGGCAAGUGCGAUUACGUGUUGUGAGGGAGUUCAACCUACCUGACACGGUGGCGGAUCUGUUAGAACCACUUGCAACAGUUGUAAUAACAUCUUGCUCUCAGAAAUUGUGUAAUAUUUAACGCCUCCACUAUGACGAGAAUAAUGGUUCUUCUACGACACUCACUUGUUUCUUCUGGCUUCCGUUUUCAUUCAAGUACUUACAUAGAUGAAAAAACACGUACGUACGUAUUUAUAUAAUUUCCCGUUUAUUGGAGGAUCCAAUAUCCUAAGUACGGUUUAGACCAAAGCUAAUUGCGAAUGUGAAUGUUUCGUAUUAGAGAUACGAAUGAAAAACAAAGUCAGUUAAGUAGAAGUGAUAACACGCUUAUCAGUAAUAUUCAUUUUUCUUUUUGUCAUGUUUACCAUGUAACUUAUGACCAAGUGGUGUUGACACAGGCAUGUAUACGUAUUUUAUAUCCUGUCGUCGUAUAGUAUUGUAAUUUUUCAUUCCUGAUCGAGCUUUAAAUCAGUUGAUUUUUGCUAAAUAGAGAACUAACAUUCGAGUGGAAAACGGCCAAGGAAGAGAAAACAUAUAAUUAAAGCUAAUUAAACGAUUCGAUUCCAAGUAUCGAUGAACUAUCUGUUCAUUGUCUCGACGCAUAUAUGAAAUGUAAAUUAGUUUUAUAGUUCGAGUUACGCUAUGCGAUCGAGACAGAUAAACGCGCGCGUAUAUGCGUAAUUCUGCGUGCUGGUAAUUUUGAAAAAAAUUGCAUCAUCGAAUUACCAUGCAUACAUAGCGUGUUCCAUAGCAUAUUGCAUCGUCUAUACGCCUAACGAUAUAAGUAAAGACGCGUCAAGCCGCUUAAGGAUACAUAAACAAUGCAUAGUAAUUCAUUAUUUUGCCUAGUUAUUGUAAAGUAUUUACACGCUCUCUUGUACGCACCUCAAUUCUUUUUGCUUUUUGAUAUUUAUCUAGACUUAUAUAGAUAAUUUCUGCUUGCUUUAAGUCUUCAUAAAGACUUCUUAAAGAACUUUUUAUAUAAAUAAGUAAAUAUAUCUGGAAAAAUCUGGUGAAAAGAAUGAAAAAUGUCAUUAAUAGUGAUCGAGCAAUAUAUUAAGUAUUUCUAUAUUUUUCGUCUAUUUUUUAAAUAAAGGGAUAUAUAUUUAUUUACAAAACGUUUUUGUCACACAUGUAUAUAUAAUAAUUUGUUAUGCUCAUAUAUUGAAAACGAUUCGUCAGCUCACAUUUAUUUUUACCUAUAUGUUUGCGAAAUUACAGUUCAACCGUGAAUUCUUAAAAUCGCCUGUAAUUUCCUAUUGUUGUAUAUUUUCACAGUUAAAGUAAGGUCAAGCCGGCUAAUUAUCAGUGACUGUAGGACGACAUUUGAUAUAAAGCUUAUAGAUUAAAUAUAUUAGAUUAUAUUAAAUAAAAUUCUUAUGAUUUUUUUAUUAUUAUUAAAUUAUUAAUAAUAUUAAACAUUAUAGCUUAUAUAAGAUACAUUAGAAAAAACUUUGCUUAAUUUUCACUUUGUAACUUUCCUGAGUUAGUCAGCGAAAUUACAGAUCACGAAUAUGUUAUUCAUUACGUAUUGUUAAGUGUUUGUAAGAUACUGGAUUUCGUUAAUACGUUUAGCUGUUUUUAAACGCAAAUGUAUUUGAAAUGCAUUUGCGUUUUAGUCUUACCUGAGCUAGAUAUUUAAAAGAAACUUAUUAAAUUUGUGGGUGUACGCUCAAAUUCGAAAGGUCUCAUUAGCAAAGUGAUAUUUGAAAAUCCAAAAAAUCAAUAUUUCAUAGGAGUGAGGCGGGGGGAGGGACAGGGAGGAAAAGAGAGAAUUACGUAUUUUAUGAAAUAGAUUGUGUAAAUAAUUUAGAUAUAUUUCUGUUUAAAAGGAUAUAAACUAGUUUUUGGAAUUUUGUUAAAAAUAGGAAAACAAUUAUAAAGAUACAUUGAAAAUGCAAUAUUUUUAAAUAAUGUAUUGUGUUCGAUAGGUUUGAAUGACACAAAAGUGGUAUACAAUUCGACGAUAAUCUUCACAAUUAUCUAUUCAGUUACCUAUCGUAAGUUAUCGUGAGUUAUAAGGUGAAAGAAGUUAUCGACUUUAUAGAUGGGAAAUGUAGCUUCACGAUGUAAAUUAUAUAUUUUCAAAUGCGUCGCAUUUUCAUCGAACUGAACGUGAUAAGUAUCGAUGCUCUUAGCCAUUUUUUAAUGCGAUUCCCUAAGCUAUGUUAAGGACAACGAAAAUUGAUUUCCAAAUUCGUUACACCAUAAUACUCGAUGGAACGAAGGAACUUAAUCACGCUUCGAAGUUAUUACCAAGUUCAAUAUUUGCGUAUAAUUCAGAGUAAGCAAACAAAUCUGAUGUUAUCGUGAAUAUGUUAAGCUGUUAAUUAAACAGAUCGCUGAAGCAGUUGCAGGUAUGUUUGGAAAUAGUUCAGGGUCUACUGUUUGAAGCGUUACAUAUUUUAAAAUAUUGUGUAAACCAUUUGAUGAUUUAAUACUCACAUUUAUGACUACGUUUAUUUUACUAAUCCGCCACUUUGUGCAUUUUAAUCUCUAAACACGCCUCCGUUUUAUAAUCUAUCUUUUACCGAUUGCUUUACAGUAUUAUGUUUGUAAUAUGUUAGACAGAUAUAUACACAUAUACACACACUAUAUUCAAGUUCUAAUUUUGCUCUUUUCUUUAUGCAUAUUAUAAUUAGAUUAUAACCAGGAUUUGGUUACGUACGGCAAAGAAAAAUUAUAAUUCAUGCAAAUUUGUACUUUAAUCUGGAAUUCAGAAAUAAAAUUUACUUUAUUUUGUUACCUAACAAAAUUUUGUUAACGAAUUAUCUAAAGUUGGUAUAUAAGGGUCUAUCAACGAAGCAAGUGAAAUAAAAUUGAUAAAAUGCGUGUAUAUAGAUGUGUGAUCUCUAAAUUGGAGUUAUAAAGGGUUAGUCCGUGAAAUUAAAAUACCGUAGAACUUCUCAAUCAAUUAUUAUUCAUUCUAUUUAGAAUUAAUAUUCUAUCUACGCAAUUGAUUCACUUUUUACCCGCCCCCCAUCAUAUUUGACUCACGUAACUUCCUUAUUGGAUUCAAUUCCAACGAUAACUUCCUCAUAGUGCAACAUUAUCAGUAAACAGCAAAUAUGUAUGGAAAUGCAUAUUUUUCUAGAAAAUUUGUAAUUCAAGCGAAACCUCAAUAGAGCUUUGUUUCACCUUUAGAAAGUUUUUAAUCGCCUGUUAUUUAUUUUACAUAUUUAAAUUGUUUUUUAAAGCAAAUAUACAAACAAAUACGUAUAUAUAUAUAUUGUAUUUUAUUGCAUUGUAUUGCAUAUUUCAUAUUCAUCCGCCAUAUUCAUCUUGGAAAGUUUAGUAACUAUUGGUUACUGAAUUUAUUGAAAGAAGCAGUUCAUUAGCAAGUAAUUGCCACUUACAAGCUAUUUAUUGAUUCUUCACAAUUACUGAAUGACGUCUAAGAAAGAUCUAACGAGUACAAGUGGAUAUGUUAGCAAAAAAUUUAUGCUGAAGUGAAAUGCAGUUUUGUAGAUUAGUAAUUAGUUGAGAAACUAAAAUUGUUGAGAACGUUACUGGAGUAAGUUUACAUAUAAUAUAUUUCAUAUAAUACAUAUAAUAUAUCUCCGUCUGACUGAUGUCGAAUUAGAAGCUAAUUUUAACUGAUAAAAAUUUGGAAUUAAUUAUGAUUAGUUCUUCCUUGCAAUAAAAGUAUAUCGUAUUAAGAGAGUCCUGGACUUUCUUGCAAUAACGUACUAACUAAUAAUAUUCGUGAAUCGACAAGUAACACAUUGAUAGUUAUAGACUUUGGUUUUAUAAUAGGAUAAUCGGAUAAUUUGUGGUUUAUACAUAAGAUUUCCUUGUUAAAUUUCAUUUUUUGUUUUAUUACGAGACCUGUUCCGAUUAUGUAAGAAAAUCUACUGCUACCGAUAAUUUGUACAUGUAUGACUAAUAAUCGAGACAUGUACAAGAGGCGAAGUCUAUCAGUUUGGAUUCUAAGAAGUUUAUGAAUUCGUACGCACGUUAUAUUUCAUACUCAAUUUAUCAAUUCAUUUAGCAAGAAUCAGUAUUCAGUUUCUUCACCGUUUAUCCUUCCAUUCCAAAACCAUAUAGAAAACACCGGAAGAUGUGUAUGUGUAUGCGUAGGUGUAUAUACCCUUCAUUAACAUAUUGCUUGCCGUAACAAAAGAUCGGCUUCCGUGUUCCUACGCGAAAAUUAACUUUAUAGUGCAAUAAAGGAACAUCAACGCCUCUUUUACGUUGAUCUCUUCGUUUUUCCACGAAUUUGCGGGGAACGAACUUCCGUUACAUGCGAGACGUUGAGCGCAUCGCAAUUUUCGUCCACGAAAAUUGCAUGCGAUAAACGUCGACCGGUGUUUUUCGAAUACAAAACGCUCGUGACAAAUUAUUUGCUACAGCAACGCGAUAUUUAUCUCGAAUGACUUCCGCGAUGCUUCUCGAGUAAUGUUUUUGUACGCGAAUAGAAGCGAACAGCGGUGGCGGGUCCGAAUAAAUUGCUAAAAUUCUCUGCUGUCCGUCUAGUCGAGUUAUUCGUUACGCGGCUUGUCUUUGCUGUAUUGUUAAAAAAAAAUUUUUUUAUUUUCAUUUCAUCGUUGCAUAACGCGAUGAUGCGCCAUCGAGCGGAGCGUAUAAUUAACAGCUCUUGUGUUAAGAGGUCGGUUAUUAUCGGCAGUGUCGAGACGCCUUUUCCAUUUUUCCAAGAGUUUUUACGCAAGUUUUCGGUUUCUUCCAGUAGUGAAUUACUGAUGUUUAACUUUUUAACGCACACAUUCUUUCUCGGUUUAUUAAUGGAAAUGAUUAAACUUUUUAGAAUUGACUAUUCCGAACAGAUUAGGAUGGAGUAAUUAUUCUCUUAUUAUUUUGAAACUACCUGAGAAAAAUCUCUCAUCACAUAUAUAAGAUUCUUAUCUUUUACCAGGUACGAUGUAUGUAGAUCUUUUAUUGUAUAAAAUAAGUAUCUUGUAUGUGUAAAGAUCGAUGGUUAAAAUAAUUAGAAAAAUUAAGGACACUCUAUGCCACUGUAUAUUAGGAAUAUGUGCAUCAAGCGAUUAAUCCUUUGAUAGUAAAAUAACGAAGAAUUUGAAGUGUAUCAUUUUGAAAAUAAUUAUUUCUUUAUCAACAUUUCUUGCGUUUCUAUCGUCAAAUACAACAUAUAUAUAGAUUUCUCUGAAUGUUCAAUUGUUAAGAAACUAAUUAAUCGAUUACAGUUUUAUACACGUAUAACGCUUCAAAAUGCAAAGUUCGGUUCAAUAUGUUGUUAUAUUCGAUUAAUAUUGGUAACAUUAGUGAUUAUUUUCUUUCAGUAGUAUAUCUAGAUAUUAGAGAUAUGAUAUUGCUAUUUUUCAGACUUAAAUCUAGAUAUUAGUCUUACUCAAUCCAAACAGAGAUGUCGAUAUAUACUAGUUUCUCGACUACUGUUACAAUAUUAUUAUUGGAAGCAGUGCUGAUACAGAUAUUAUCAUUGCAAUAACGAUAGCACUGACAACACGUACGUUAUACAGGGUGGUUGGUAACUGGUGGUACAAGCGGAAAGAGGAUGAUUUUACGCGAAAAAAGAAGUCGAAAAUGUAGAGUAAAUAUUUCUUUUUUAAUUUUUUUUUUUUAAUUUUUCCAUCGUGACAACGGUCUACAGUGAGAUCCGUUAUAACGUAUCGCACGCGUACCGAGCGAAAAUUCAAAGUCGAUUUUCUCGAAAACAAAGCCUCAAACGAAAAAUUUUUAUUCUAUAUUUUCGACUUCUUUUUCGCGUGGAACACCCCCUUUCCGCUUGUACCACCAGUUACCAACCACCCCGUAUACAACUAUACAAUGGUAUACUAUAUAAUUUUCAGAAGAAUCUUGUGACUUCUUAUUUAUUUAGACGAUACAUAUCGACCGUGAUUCUUUUGCAAAAAUGAUAAUUUAACAGCUGAAUAGAUGUACACGAUAACGCAAAGUUAUUACAGUUAAGUUGUUCUUUAGGACCUUUCCUAAAAAAAAAAUUAUUUAUGACGCUUGGAACUUCCAAACUGUGUAGUGUUAGAAGGAGUUACAAAGCUUUCAGUUGUAUUGCCGUUUUACGUUAUAUCGAGUCUGUAUAUCGGAAAUAGAUUGAAAAGUAUUGAAAUAUGUAAAGUAGGAAGAGCAAAUCCUAGUAGAAAGCAAAAGUGACUGUUGCAACUGUAAGCGCAGUUAGAAGGAAAUUGCGAGAUAAUUCGUUCGAUAUUGUAUUACAGUCGAUCUUACGUAAGCUCCCAGUAUUUGAGUAGAGAGCAAAACGGUGAUAGACAUUAAAUUUCUAGGAAGCAAAGAUCGUUUUCUCUAUUCCUAUUUUCGUAGUUUCGUGUAGAAAUUGCAAACAAAAAUUUCUGUUCAUGAUUAUGAAAGUAUAAUCUAAGUAAAAAAAGAAUAGAAAUUGGAUUUAACAUUAUCCCAAUUAACGUCUAACCGUUGCAUUGUUAAGUACAAUUUACUUCAUAACUAUUCUAUUUAAUAGUGAUCAUUGAAUUUUCCGCGAUUCUAAUCACGCGAAACUCAUGCAACGCAUGUGUAGUAAAGGUUUUUAUUAGGUAAAUUCAAAAUGAUGAGAUGAUUAUGAUAAAUAAGAAGAAGAUUGUAGAAAAUUAUGAGGAUGAGUGUGAUGGUGAGAAAAGGUACAUUUUCAUGUAUUGCCUUCGAGAAGACUCGAUUAUCACGGUGACGCUACUUUUUUCAUGUUUUGUUUUCAAUUAGUUUCCGGAGAAUUAGAAACAACACGUGUGUUAAAUACAGUGACAAACAAUCUUCAUUUUUUCUGAACGAUAUAACCUUAUCAUUUUUACAAACAUUCCAGAAUAUUACAUACAAAUUCCCACUUUUAUGAACAAGGAAAUCUUCUUUACUUCUUACAUUUUUUAAUAAUUACUCGAUUCUGGAUAUUUUCUCUAUUUUUUUUUUCAAAAUUAUGUAUGUUCUGUAAUUUUUAAGAUUAACUUCUGCACGUUAGAUUUUGUCAUAAAUCCAUAUGCAUGCACAGUCUAACUAGGACAAUGUAAAUGUUCAUUUCAAUGAAUGAAAAAAAUACGUGGACAAUGAUAACACUAAUUUCUUUCCUUACACGUGAGUAUAUCCAUGAAACUUUACUAUAUUGUUAAUCGUAUACUUUAGUCGCUAUAAAGAGUUUAUUUCAAUGAAAUAAUUAGUUUCGUAGUAAGUUAGUUAAAAAUGACUGGUUUCAAUAUUGUCAAGAUAACGCAAUCACUUAAAGUAGAGAAACAGCCAAUAGCCACGAGAAGCCGUCUCAUUCAAUCAAUCUUCAUCUCGAUCGCGACAAGACUCGAGAAAACGUGAUAAUGUAAACUGAACGUGAUGAGCCUUAAUUAAUCGAUAUCAUCUUGACUUGUAUGUUUUUUGAAACGCGAUUUUUCCAAACGUUCAAACGCGUUCGAUUUCAUCGGUCCUUUCCAAGAAAAAUUCUUUGUACACGAUCGCUGAUACAAUUUUUAACCUUGACUUUUAAUGGAUUAUUGUUUCGUUUGAAAAAGAUAUCAAAGUAGCAAGCAGUAAUUCUUGUUGUCAUCGAGUUGAUCAGAUAUCUACUUCCUAUUGUGUUAAUUACAUUUCCCUCAUAAAUAUUUACGAUAUACCUUGUAUUUCAACGUUCCUUUACUACAGACAAACAGAGUUAAACUGUUAGGAAGGGAAAUAUACUGUGUUGAUUGCACCUGAUGAGAUUAUCAAAAAAGAAAUAUUAGAUCUUAAUCGAUGUUCUAUUAGGUUCUCUGUUAAAAUCGUUUGCGUUUCUUUAACGUCGUAUUACGUUUGCUCAUAUCUUUAAAUUUUACUUAAAAAAGUGGAAAAUAUUGAAAGCUUUGAAUGGUGUUAAUUUGAUAGGCAGGAACUGAAAAAAUGAAUUAUGUGCUCGCUAAAUUAAAGCAGAUACAAUAAAUAUUAGAUUGUGUAACAAGUCCUCGCAUCUUUUUUAAAAGAGCGUGUAUGAUCGUCGUAUACAGCAUACACUGCGUCAAAUUUUCGAAGAAAAGAUCCUUCAGUCUUAAUAGAUAUUUUAAUCAAAAAAAUCGAGGAAGAAAGGUCUAUAGGUUUAAGGUAAAUAUACCUACAUAUACGUGUUAAAUGUAUUUUUCAAUCAAUUAUUUGGAAUACCAUGGAAUUUUUAUUUGUUUGGUAAAUAUAAAUGUUUAAAUGUAGCCAUUAAAUUAAAUUACUAUUGGAUUAGAUUAAAACAAACUAACAAAGUUCUCUAAGAGCUAUUAGAAUUAUCAAUUGAAACGUAGCUAAUGACUGAAACUGUUCUAUCUAUGUCUGAAUCUUCCGGUUGGAUUUGCUCGAUUCACGCUUUUUCCAUAAAUCUCUCCUCAAUUGAUUUCUUUCUUUUCAAUAAAAUUCAUUAUUAAUAAUUGCAUUUCUAUUUAAAAAAAAAAUUUUCUAUUUUAGAAACGCGCAAAGCAUAAAAUAUUCAGAGUAUGCAAUGAUGCACGGUUAAUUGCGUAUGAUUAUAAAGCUUAAUAACAGAUGUCAGAAUAAAUGUAUCAAUUUUCUAUAAAUUUACAUAAACAUUUACAUAAACAUUCGAUUCUCCAUAAAAGUCUCGCAUUUGCAUAAAUAUCCCUUGUCAACCACUAUAGUGGAGACAAUGUUUCUUUUGAAGUCGUUUAAAAUGAUUUUUAAUAAGAAGAAGCUUUUCCAUUCGGACAAUUGAGAAAAUUCAAGUGGCUCUUUAUUUUGCAAAAAAAAAAAAAAAUACCUUUAAGCUCUAGCCGCACAUUCAAAAUCGGUUUCGAUCGUUCACUCGGUUGU